AUGGUUGACCAACCAAACGUGACAAGAGCCGCAACCGCCGCAGCGAAGAAGUUGAAAUCCUCUUUGAGUGGUCAAGACGCGACUGAAGUACAUAGGUCGUUAGUACCGUUGCCGGUAGUCAGCGAGGAAGGUACAGCAGGUGAGUGGAGCGAAGUACCAUCAGACCUUUCGAGUUUAACUCAGGAUGAUUGGGAACCAGAACCGAACAACUAUAAAGAUACGGUUCCGGGAGACGUACCCGUUGAAAUCCGUGAGGAUCCUUUAGUGUUUGAUGAUGAGGAAGAUAACACGAGUGGAAAGGACAAGCAAGAUGCUGCUGAACCAGACUUCAUAGAGUUCAUGAAAGCCGUUCCAGAUGUUGGAAAGACUCCAAUCGAUCCGAUAUCAGUAUUGUUGGAGCAAGCUUUGGCCGCCCAAGUAUUGGGAAAUACAGUUAUGGCAAAUGUUUUUCUAAAAGCUAUUCGCGAAUUGGAUCCUAAGAAGCAACAGAAACAAUCGACCAAUGAUAAUCAUUCGUCUCAGGAGUCGAAGAAGAGAGCUAGAUCGGGUUAUAAAGGGUCCCAUUGGGUUGACGGUUAUAAUGAAAGGCGAUCAAACUCGAAUCCUCCGGCUAGCGGUUCAGGCUCGAACAAUUCCAACAAGUAA